CGAUUUGGUCUCUGAUUUGCUGAAUAAUCCCAGUCGAUAAUCGUCGUUCAAAAGACUCGAAUGAUGUGAUUUUCUGUCGUGUUGCAUAUGUAGAAGUGAGACACGCGGUUUGUAAAUGAAGUAUACAUGAGUAACUGUCAUUUCAUGCACGGAAAAAUUUGGGGAAAAUAUAGUUAAAUGUUUUCAGUUUAAUGAACUUUCUCAGUUCUUAGGAUUUCGUGCGAACGAAAAUUCUUUUGCAUAAUCUAACCUUAUAUCACUAUUGAGCACAACAUUCGAUAACCAUGGGGAAGUUGAAUGUAACCAUGUUGCGGUAUUUAACUCGUGAAGAUUUUCGUGUAUUAACAGCGAUUGAAAUGGGAAUGAAAAACCAUGAACUGGUUCCAGCAUCAUUGGCCGCACAGAUUGCAAAUCUUCGUCACGGAGGAGUACAUAAAUUACUGAAAGAACUGUGCAAGCAUCGUCUGCUUAGCUAUGAACGUGGAAAGCAUUAUGACGGAUAUCGCCUGACUAACUCAGGGUACGAUUACCUUGCACUCAAGGUUCUGGCUUCCCGUGGCAUCGUUUCAUCUUUCGGAAACCAAAUUGGCGUGGGAAAGGAAUCUAAUAUUUACGUUGUAGGAGAUGAUGAAAGAAAUACUCUAUGCUUGAAGCUACAUCGGCUAGGACGAACUUGCUUCAGAAACAUAAAAGACAAAAGAGAUUAUCACCAACACAGAAAAUCAAUGUCUUGGCUCUACUUGUCCCGUAUAUCAGCCACCAGAGAAUUUGCUUACAUGAAAGCACUACACGAUCGUGGAUUUCCAGUGCCUAAGCCCAUCGAUUUUAAUAGACAUUGCGUCAUUAUGGAUCUCAUUGAUGGAAGACCCUUAUGCGCAGUACAUGAGGUGGACGAUGUUGAGGCACUUUACCAAGAUUUAAUGGACUUGAUCUACCAAUUGGCUAAUCAUGGUGUCAUUCACGCGGAUUUCAAUGAAUUCAAUAUCAUGAUAACUAACGAGGGAAAACCAAUCAUCAUUGAUUUUCCUCAAAUGGUCUCAACCGAACAUCCAAAUGCUGAAAUGAUGUUUGAUAGGGAUGUAAACUGCAUAAGAGACUUCUUCAAAAGACGUUUUGCCUAUGAGAGCGAAUUUUUCCCAACCUUCAAGGAUAUAUCGCGCGAAGAUUGCAUAGACAUAGAAGUCAAAGCCAGUGGAGUAACGAAAAAGAUGGAAAAGGACCUGCUCCUGGAAAUGGGAAUAGACAAUGAUGAUGAUUCAUCGGAAUCUGAGCAGGAUGAUGUUGAAGAAAAUUUGGAAAAUGAAAUCGAGAAGCUUAGAAUCGACGUUGAAAAAGUCUUUGAUGCAGAUUUCAGCACAGAUCCUGCAUCCACUCUUGAAAAAGCAUUAACGAAGUCCCCGGGCCAAGGCACCCAUCAAAAAAGCCUAGAACCUCAAAAUGAAGUUAUCUGUAAAGACAACGCCAUCAACAAGAUCAUUAAGCCCAUUGAAAAAUUAAACGAAAUUAAGACCGACGCUGCUUCCGAUGACGAAUCGAUGUACAGCCGAGCAUUUAGCAAAGCACCGAGCAUAAGAAGUGUGUCAACAGCGACCACGAUUGCUCCGGAAGUGAUAAAGCAACGUGUCAAAUUCUCCCUAGAGAAAAGGGCAAAGAAAAGUCUGCCCAGGAAAUUAUUAGCUAAAGGGGAGGCUAGCGCUGCUACCAGAGUUCGUAGAGAAAAUCGUGACAAUAUCAAACAAUCUUCUGGAGCUGGUUUAUGGGGCUGCGAAUAAAAUGUAAUCAUCGAUCCAACCAAUUUGUAUAAAUAUAUUGAAAUGUAACCGAAAA